GGGGAGGUCAGUCAGGCAGCGGUUGAUGGGGGGAGAGCGAGACAGGAGGCAGUUUUCAGCCCUUCUGCAUCUUUCAUGAGGGGAUCCUCCGUCACCGAGGCGCCUGGAAGGACUGAGAGACAGAGUUGGUCCUGAGGUGUGCGUUGCUCACACAGUGGCAUUUAGAGCAGGAACGAAGCAGGAGGAGUGACACGGAGCCGGGCUCUGCACUUUACAGACUGUGGUACCUGUGGGUGAGAGCCCCCGAUGGACAGAACGCGAGCCUGAGCUCGGUGCAUGAGGGAAGAGAGAGAGGGCACCGCCGCUGGCUGCCGAGGGACCUGGACCCGGGUCCUCGGUGCAUGAGGUGACCCCGGUUCUGCAAAACUGGAAGAACCCGCGUGACGACAAGGACAGAACCGUCUGUGCAUGAGCGGCCGGUGGGACUGACGCUCGAACCAACGUCUGCCACACGGGGCCGAGCCCCGGCCUGCAGGGAUGUCCUCCAACGAGCUCAGCGUGGAGAUGGACUCCUGCAUCCGGACCUUCAAGGAGCACAUGCACCUGGAGCUGGAGCCCCCCAGGGUGCCGGGCGUGGGGGGGGGGAGGCGGGGCGCCACCUCGCCCAAGCUGUCGCCCAGGAGCUCCCCGCGCCUCUUCCGCAAGCUGAUGGUCAACAAGAGCAUCCGGCAGAGGCGGCGCUUCACGGUGGCCCACACCUGCUUUGACGUGGAAAAUGGCCCGUCUGCCGGCUGCAGCCCCCUGGACCCCCAGGCCUCCCCCGGCUCCGGCCUGGUGCUCCACACUAACUUUCCGGGCCACAACCAGCGCAGGGAGUCCUUCCUGUACCGCUCCGACAGCGACUACGACCUGUCGCCAAAGUCCAUGUCACGAAACUCCUCCAUCGCCUCAGAACUACACGGUGAUGAUCUGAUCGUAACCCCUUUUGCUCAGGUUCUGGCAAGCCUACGAAGUGUAAGGAACAACUUCACUGUACUGACCAAUGUCCAGUGUGCCUCCAGCAAGAGAUCUCCUGCAGCAGCGACUCAGCCCCCGAUCACCAGGGUUUGUCUCCCAGAUGAGGCUUACCAGAAGCUGGCCAUGGAGACGAUGGAGGAGCUGGACUGGUGUCUGGACCAGCUGGAGACCAUCCAGACCUACCGCUCUGUCAGUGACAUGGCCUCCAACAAGUUCAAGAGAAUGUUGAAUCGGGAGUUGACGCACCUAUCGGAGAUGAGUCGGUCUGGGAAUCAGGUUUCCGAAUUCAUCUCCAACACUUUCUUAGACAAACAGAAUGAGGUGGAGAUCCCGUCCCCAACAUCGAAAACAAGAGAGAAGAAGAAGCAACAGAAGCAGCAACUGAUGACGCAGAUCAGCGGGGUCAAGAAGGUUUCCCAUGGGCCCUCGCUCUCCAGCAGCAGUAUCUCGCGCUUCGGUGUUAAGACCGAUAAGGAGGAGGUGCUGUCAAAGGAACUGGAGGAUCUGAACAAGUGGGGCCUCAACAUAUUCACAGUUUCCGAGUACUCCAACAACCGACCUCUCACCUGCAUCAUGUACGCCAUCUUCCAGGAGCGAGACCUGUUGAAGACUUUUAAGAUCCCAGCGGAUACAUUCGUGGCCUACAUGAUGACACUGGAGGAUCACUACCAUUCAGACGUGGCCUACCAUAACAGUCUGCAUGCUGCUGAUGUAGCUCAGUCCACACACAUACUCCUGUCAACUCCAGCUCUGGAUGCGGUCUUCACAGAUCUUGAGAUCCUUGCAGCCAUCUUUGCAGCAGCCAUCCACGAUGUUGACCAUCCGGGAGUAUCAAACCAAUUUCUAAUCAAUACUAACUCUGAGUUGGCUUUGAUGUACAAUGAUGAAUCUGUGUUGGAGAACCAUCAUCUAGCUGUGGGAUUCAAACUACUACAGGAAGACAACUGUGAUAUUUUUCAAAACCUCACCAAGAAGCAGAGGCAGUCUCUACGCAAAAUGGUCAUUGACAUGGUUUUGGCCACUGACAUGUCUAAACACAUGAGUCUGUUGGCUGAUCUGAAGACUAUGGUGGAGACAAAAAAGGUGACGAGCUCAGGAGUGCUGCUGCUGGACAAUUACACAGACAGGAUACAGGUGCUCCGUAACAUGGUCCACUGUGCUGACCUAAGUAACCCAACCAAGUCUCUGGAGCUGUAUCGUCAAUGGACUGAUCGGAUAAUGGAGGAGUUCUUCCACCAGGGAGACCGAGAGAGAGAAAGAGGGAUGGAGAUCAGUCCCAUGUGUGAUAAACAUACAGCCUCAGUGGAGAAGAGCCAAGUGGGUUUUAUCGACUACAUUGUGCAUCCUCUGUGGGAGACCUGGGCUGAUCUGGUCCAUCCAGAUGCCCAGGAUAUCCUGGACACACUGGAGGACAACAGGAACUGGUACCAGAGCAUGAUCCCUCAGAGUCCCUCCCCACCCUUCUAUGACCAGGGUACACAUGGACACAGUGGCGGCACUGGAGGGCAGGGAAGUGGGGAGAAAUUUCAGUUCGAGCUGACCUUGGAGGAAGAGGACUUGGAUGGAAUAGAGAAAGAUGGUGAAGUGGAGGAGGAGGAGGAGGAAGAAGAAGAAUUAGAAGAGGAGGAGGAGGAUAGUGUAGGAGAUUCUAGAUCUCCCCCUCUAGACUAUUUGGAUGCUCAAGAACACGAGGAGUGCAGCAUGAUGGAACCUACAACAGCAAUAGAAAUUGUGACACACGAGGCGUCACCCACAGACACAUAGGGCUUCCAUCAUCACGCUGAUAUGGUGAUUUGAAAGUUUUUGGAAAAAAGAGGAGAAACCUCUUGCAGCUGUGCUUUUUAAUAAGCCCAAAGAAGCAAGGGCUUAGCUUUGGCCCGCACUGGGGCGUCUUGCACUUGGGCGUUUGAAGCCAGAAGGACAGACAGUUUCAGUGGGAUGGCUUCAGAGUUCUCAGGAAAUAAUUACUGCGAACAUUUUAGUCUUGAUGGACAGGCAAGACUGAGGGUGGAACUUGAAGGAUUUCAGCCAGAUUGGAAAAGUGUUACUUUUCUUUUCUGGACUGGCGUUAAAUGGACAUCGACACUACUGAGAGAAGUUUUGUACCUAAAGACUUUUUUACAGAUAUGAUAUAAUCUAGAAGUAGCAUAGAGUAAGAUCUACUGAUGGGACAUGUUUGUAUAGCAAGAAAAAGUGUUUACUUUUUUCCUGUACCAUUUGUCAAAAGACUUUUGUGUGCCUUUUUUACUAUUGUCUUUAUAAUAGUUUUUUAUUUAUUGAACACUCUAGUAUGUCUGUGAUUUUUUUUGUCUUAUCUGAAAGAGCAAAACCUUUUUGUAUGUUUAAAAUCAGUCUUCCAUGUAUUGGGCAAUAGAGAAAUCCAAACGUCGACAAACAAUUAUUAGGCAAAUUCAUGAACACCAACAUUUAUGCAUUUUGCCACCGCCAUUUUUUGGGGGAAGGAUUCAAACCCUUCAUUCAUGAUUCUUAUUAAAGUUAAUUCAUUGCAUCAUAUUUGAAAUGAAUGUCAAGUCACACUACACAGUAGAUCUGUUCUAUUCACACAUACGUUUUCAUCUUCUUCUUUGAAGGGUCUGCAAACCAUUUGACUCAUACCAAAUAUGCUCACUGACAACUAUUUACUUUAACUUUUCAUGUUUAUCUUGACAAAAUAAGCAAAAUUAGGACUAAAGCAAAAAAAUGAUCACAACAAACUAAUCUGAGCUAAUAAAAUGAAGUUAUUCAGCUACAGACAAAAUUCUAGCCCUCACUCAUGCGAUAUUUUCCUAAUAAUCCUGUUGGAUAGAACAAGUCGUGACACUAGACCUGUCUGAUGUAAUACCCUUCUACCCCCACCCAUGAGCAAUCAACCCAAGACCUACAGCUGCCUGCCUGUAAGGUGCUCACAGACCCUCAUCAGUGCCAUUCACAUGGUUUAUAAACCCCAAUGGAGGCCAUGGCCACGACCCCAAAACAAUCAGGCCAGCUAUUUCUUCCUCAUGAUAAAAAUCCCUCAAGAGCCGCUUCUGUUCACUGACGUCAACGGAAUUGUUCCCCACCCCCUCCACUGUAUCAGGUUUCCAGGACAGUUGGGUCACAGAUGGAACUGCUGGAUUCAGCAUAAGAGAAUGAAGUGGAAUAAUUAGGUGGUAGAAUUUUGUUGUUUCACUAAAGACUAAAGUGUUGGGGAAGAUGGUAUGAAAAUGGUUUGCAGACCUCUCAUUUCCACUCUAGUGGUUUUUAUUUAUAAAUGUUCUAGUCUAACGUCAAGUGUGAUUUACAUAUUGGUUUACCGGUAUACUCAAAAGGUACGUCAUCUAAGUUCACUCCAGCAUGAUUACGUGGCAAUCAUUUGUGCAAAGUUUGCACGUACGGAAGGUUUUAGUUGUACCCAUGUGUUCCUGUACAUCUGUUUGGAUCCGUUGACUUUGUCAUCAGGCCUUACCCCAUUACUCCACGUCUCUGUCAGUUUGUCGCUAGGAGCUCAAGUUGGUCCUCUUGCUGUUUAUAACAGUGUGUAUUUAUUCUAUACUUUAAGCUUGUAAAUAAGAAAUACUGGUUAAGUGUAAAAUCUAUUUUAUUUAUAUGCACUUGCAUUACCUGGAAGUGGUGGUGUCCAAUGUGUAGAAGACUUUUUAUAUAUGUAUUAUAUAUUGUUUUGAUAAAUAUAAAUAUAUUCAAAUAUAUAUUCGCACAAUGUUUUUAGUGCCCAGCAGAGCAGUCGCUAAGAGGACGUUGUCACAGGACAACCUUGUAUCUCCAUAACAGUCCUAAUUUACAAUUCACUUCGGUCUUCUAAUGCAAUGUUACCAACGAAAAAAAUCCAAAAACUGUAGAUUAAGCUGAUUAUGCAUGAAUAUUAAAAUGAUUAUAUUGUGUUCUCACAAUGUCAUUCAUAUUUUUGUAUUACCUGAAAUUCACCUUUGUCUCUUUAAGUUUAACCAAAUUACAUCCUAAAAUUGGCCAGACUUUUGCAGAGGACUCUGAAUGUUCUACUUAGAUACUACUUACAGUAGAUAAAUUCAUAAAUAGAUAAAGACUUUCUGAAGGUACAAGGUUUUCAUCUGACAGCAGCGAUUUGGUAACCCAGGGGCAACACAGAGGACAUGUUAAACUGCAUAGGCUUGUAUAUAGGGUACAAGCUAGCUAAGGCACACAGAAGCUCAAUGCUCAGUAUUGAAUUACACAAAUUGCUUAUUUUCGCUCAGCAGCUUUUCACAACCUAAGCUAUUCCAUCCAGCAUUUGAAUGCAGAUUGCUGAUAUGAGGUCAGAUACAGGUUUGACUGAAAAACACACAGCGUUUGUCUCCUUUUACACUUAACGCACUUCAUGUAAAAGUAGAUAACACAGGGAUGGUAUUGGUAGCAUGCUACAAUACGCCCAGCACUGAUGUGAACUGUUCUGAAUAAUCGAACCAUGAUCUUAUGUAACUGAUUGUGCUAAUGUGUGAAUUCCUUUUGACCAAACUUGUUAGCAGUUUUGAAAUUGGAGUUUGUAUUAACAUUGUUUAUCAAUGUUCCAGCUUUUUUGGUCCUAGUUGUGUCCAAAUGGUUAGCCAGAUUUAGCACUAUCUGCAUGACAGACAGGUUUUUUUUUUAUUGUCAAUAAUACGUUAAAGUCCGCCAGUUGUUGCAGGUGGGUUAGUAAAUGUCUCACACAAUGUAUGGUAUUAUAUUGUAUAUUGUGUUUAAAAAUAAAUCUGAAAUACUUUUUUUAUGAACUCAUUAAAAGCAAAGCAUGAAUAUA